UUCUUAGUUCAUGUACAUGUCUUUAUUACAUUCACUUUGUAUCCAACUACACAGUACACACGGUUAUUACAGAUUAUUGUUCAGUUGACUAUCGUGGCUUGUUAUAUUUAGUCGAUUUCUGUAAAAUGGGAAACAUUUUAAGAAGAAAUGAUAAACCGUUUACAAAUGAAAAUUCCCCUCUAAUAAUUGAUUUAAAAUCAAAAUCGAAAUGGUGUAAACUAAGAAAUGUAACGCUCAUUGUGUCCGCUAUACUGUGCAUAUUAAUUGUCUUAUGUGCACUUUUUACGAUAUUCAAUAAACCAACAGCGAAAAUACCUACUUUAAGAUUAAAUAGUGCGGCGACAAUCAACAAUGAUUAUUUCGAUAAAUGUGCACCACAAAUAACGUGUGACGCACACGCAAAAUACAGGACAAUUAAUGGAUCAUGCAAUAAUUUACAAAAUCCUAACUGGGGUGCAGCACUAACUCCUUUUUAUAGAUAUAUGAAUCCGGAGUUUAGUGAUGGAAUCUCAGCUUUUCGUGUACAAUCGGACGGAAGUCCGUUACCAAAUGCUCGAAACCUUACUCUAACGUUAUUCCAAGAUAUGAGUAAUAGUUGUGAUGAUAAAUACAAUGAAAUCUUGGUACCAUGGGGCCAAUUUAUCGCCCACGAUGUGGCUUAUUCUCCAGUUCGUAGUGUCAAUUCAUCUUUUCCUGUUAAUCUAAGCCAUUGCGAUGACGAAAAUUCACCAAUAGAAUGUAAAGCAGCCAUUUCAUUAAGCCCAAACGACCCAGUGUAUGGAAAAUACAAUAUGACAAUUUUGAAAUUCAUGCGUCUCAUAACUUCAGAAGCUUAUAACUGUUCUUUAGUUCCUGAUACAGUUCUUAAUAAAAACACGCAUUUUAUCGACUCAUCAAAUGUGUAUGGUUCCGAUUCAGAAUUUGCAAAUGAAUUACGUCUGUUUAGUGGAGGACAAUUGGUAUACAAUACAAUUGGAAAGGAAGAAUAUUGUCCUCAAGAUUCUAGUAAAGUUUUUAAAAAAGGGAAUGAGACUAAUGUAACGAUUGCAUUUGUUGCAGGAGACGUAAAUGUAAACCAGAAUUUAGGAAUAGCAUUAAUUCAAAAUUUAUUCCUAAGAUUUCAUAAUUAUAUUGCAAAAAAAUUACAAGAAAAGCAUCUUUUGUGGACUGAUGAGACUGUUUAUCAAGAAACGCGUAGGAUCGUUAUAGCUGUUACUCAAAUUAUUACAUACAAUAAUUUUUUGCCAAUAAUUUUGGGAGAAAAAUAUAUCAAUGAAUAUGGCUUAAAUAACGAAACAAAUUAUGAUCCAACGAUAAUUCCUUCUACGGCACAAGAGAUGACGAGUGGUGCAUAUCGAUUACUUCACAACAUAAUUCCUGCCAAAUUCAACUAUAUGUCCAAAAAUUACACUACAUAUGAAGUGGAAGAGCCUUCCAAAACGUUUUUAAGACCAGAUUCAUUGAUUGGUAAUGUUGAUGGAUUCAUUAGAGGUUUAGCUGAAUCUGCUGGACGUAAACCCCAGUCAUCAUACAAUAGCGAAAUUUCAAAUAUUGUUAUUCAAAGUCAAUUAAUCGAUACUACUGGAUUUGAUCUGCUUUCUUAUGACAUACAACGCGGUCGUGAUGUUGGUCUUCCUCCUUACACUAAAUUGAGAAGUUUAUGCGGGCUACCACAAGUCAAUUUAUUUGAUGAUUUAUCGGAUUACAUACCAUCAAAGAAAAUUGAUCAGUUAAAAGAUUUUUAUUCAUCGGUUGAUGAUAUUGAUUAUUUUGUUGGAAUUUUAUUGGAAAAUAAAAUGAACGGAUCCAUGCUUGGUCCUACUGGAAGUUGUAUUAUUGCCGACAGUUUUUAUCGAUUUAGAAACGGUGAUCGUUUCUUUUACGACGUUAAAGAUCAACCUGGAAGUUUCACUCCUGAUCAAAUACAGUCGUUGAAGAAUAUAACAAUUAGUCAUAUAAUCUGUGUUACAUCAGGUAUAAAAAAUAUUCAAAAGGAUGCAUUCAGGUUCAUUGAUCAUUUACGAUUGAUGAAACUAGAGCCCAACUGCGAAACAUACACAAUUGACUUAACUGCAUGGUGAAUAAUUCCAAAGCAUAUUAGAUGUAAGGUAUAAUAAUAUUUUUUUUAUGAAAAAAUGUAAAGGAUUAUAUUUUUUUAAUGAACUUUCAACUCACUGUGUGUGAAUAAGGAAGAACGACUAGAUGCAAAUAUAUUUAUCAAGUAUAAAAUUAAAAAAUAUUUAUUGUUUUUCUUAUUUUUUAUUUUAUACAA